CGCGCGUGGCGGCGUGGGCGGGGCGCGAUGGCGGAGCCCGGGAGAGCAGGGGGAUUCCUAUCCAGGAGGAUUUAGACCUUGCUUAAAAAGAUGCCUGCUGCCUGUGAUUCAGUGCUUGAGGAUAUUGAAGACAUUGUCUCAGCAGAAGAUGUGAAACCCCACGACCGGCAGUUUGUGAGAAGGAAUGUUUUUCCAAAAGUGCGAAAACGCAGUUCACAAAAAAGUGUUCAGACAGAAGAUGAUCCCCCAAGUGACAGCGUUAUUCCUGGUGUUCAGAAAAUCUGGAUUCGUACAUGGGGAUGUUCUCACAAUAACUCGGACGGUGAAUAUAUGGCUGGACAGCUGGCUGCAUAUGGAUACAAAAUUACAGGGAAAGACAAAAGUUUGGUGUAAUGGAGUGAGUCCAGUGGAGAGCCAAGAUGGUUUGGGAACGCACAGUGUGUGAGAAGAGAUUGGGAAGACUGGGUUUCUUCAGCUUUAAGAAGAGAAGGCUCAUGGAAGAUUCUAGUUGCAGACAGCAAUGCCCAGUAGGAGGGUACAGAGAAAAUGUUGUCAGUUGCUUGUCAAAGGUGUGCAGUCAGACGACAGAGUCUUGCUCUUGACAAAGUCUUGACAAAGUGGCAGUUCAGAUUUUUAGCAUCCAGUGCAUAAGUUAUUGCUCAUGCCAUCUGUUUUUUAUUUUUGCCAAUGUAGAAAUUGUCCCAGUAUUUCUCAAGUGUCUCGUGUAAAUCUCUUCUUUAGAAAGCACGUUAUAUUUUUUUUUUAUAGUAGGUCAUCUGGGAAGUUCAGAUACAGCGUUAAGUAGGGAUUUAAUCUCUUUGCCCUAUACAGUGAAUUAGCUAGUAGUAGUAACUAUUGCUUGAAAUAAUCCAAAUUUUGAACAAUCUUGAAAUUAAGCUUAAUAUUAUUUACAGUAUGGAGGAUAGG